AUGGUGCCGUGUCCAUUCGUUUAUUGGGCGCAAAACGAAAUGGAUGUUUUCCUGACAGUCGCUUUACGAGAUUCUGCGUCAAUAAAUUUUACUGUGCAUGAUGAUAUGGUUGUUUUUCGAGGUACUGGAAUUGGUGCACAAGGAAGAAUGGAAUAUGCGUUUACCUUAAAACUUUUUGAUGGUGUGGAAUUAAAAAAUGCCGAUCAGUCAAAUGAAAGUCGUUUGUUUUAUAUUUUGAAAAAGACAAGAAAUGAAUGGUGGCCGACAUUGACUAAAGAAACCAAUCGUCUUACUUGGCUAAGAGUCGAUUUCGAAAGGUUCCAAGAUCCAGAGUUGAACGAAAAGUCAAGUGAUGAUGAUUUCGAAAUGCUUGAUUACGACAAAAAUCAAAAUUAUGAGUUAGAUGAACUAACGCGUAAAGUAUUAGGAGAUUAUGGCAACUCAAGCAAUUUUAAAGAUAUUACGGAGAAACUAAAAUCUUUUCGAAAACUUUCUAAAAGAUUUGUCGAAUAUUAUCUUAUUCUUUAUAAUAUAUUUGUGUUCGUUAUGCAUUUAUAUGCUUUAACAACUUUAUUGCUAAAAGCUUUUAUCAAUGGAAUCGAAUAUUUUGAUGUUCUUUGGGGUGAAAUUUUUUUAUUUGGAGAAAUUUCUCUACUGUUCCUAUUUACCAAUAUUUUGAAUCAUCUAUUGCGAAUUACGACAAUAAAUGUUGCAGCAGUAUUGCUGCAAGCAAGUUAUUAG